AUGAGCGCUGAGGACAAGCCGUCAACUUCGAAGGACACAAAAAUGCCCGAAAAUGCAGCACCAUUUGUUAGCGCAGUGGAUGCAGCGGCCAGACAGGGAGAUCAGAUAGAGGUGUUGGCCAAGGAAGCUGAAGAACUGCGAAAGAAACUCGAUCAGGAGCGACAAAAACUUAACGACAUUCCAAUUCAACAAGCAGCGGAAAGGUUGGAUCCAUUGCCAAACCUUGGUAUUAAGCAACGGCGAAUCCUUAAAGGUCAUGCCGGCAAAGUACUUUGUAUGGAUUGGUCGCUCGACAAAAGGCAUAUUGUUAGCUCAUCACAGGAUGGUAAGGUGAUUGUUUGGGACGGUUUCACAACAAAUAAGGAACACGCCGUAACUAUGCCAACUACGUGGGUCAUGGCUUGCGCUUAUUCACCAAGUAGUCAGCUUAUCGCUUGCGGAGGAUUGGACAACAAAUGCAGCGUUUUCCCGUUAUCUUUCGAAGAUGACAUUUUGCAGAAAAAGCGGUGUGUAGCUACACACACCAGCUACAUGAGUUGUUGUAUGUUCUUACGUUCGGAUAAUCUAUUACUUACUGGAAGUGGCGACUCCACUUGUGCUAUUUGGGAUGUGGAAAGUGGACAGAUGAUUCAAAAUUUCCAUGGGCACACUGGAGACGUGUUUGCCAUCGAUGUUCCUAAAUGUGACACUGGUAACGUUUUCAUAUCAGCUGGAGCCGAUAAACACUCGCUUGUUUGGGAUAUUCGUACAGGCCAGUGUGUACAGUCUUUCGAAGGUCAUGAGGCGGAUAUUAACACUGUUCGAUUUCAUCCGAAUGGUGAUGCAUUUGCUACUGGAUCAGAUGAUGCUUCGUGUCGUCUGUUUGAUCUUCGAGCCGAUCGGCAAGUAUGUGUUUAUGAGAAAGAGUCAAUACUAUUUCCGGUUAAUGGCGUAGAUUUUAGCGUAAGCGGUCGUAUUCUCUUCGCUGGCUACGGUGAUUACCGUGUCGGAAUAUGGGACUCACUUAAAUGUGUUCGUCACUCGGUUCUCUACGGACACGAGAAUCGCAUUAGUUGUUUGCGAACAAGUCCUGAUGGCACAGCCAUAUGUUCUGCCAGUUGGGAUUGUACUAUAAGGAUCUGGGCAUAG